CCACAGAUUAUUAUUAUCUAUGAAGUGAAGUGAGCGCGCUCAUCGCGUAUCGUAGCGGCGUGUGGAAUUUGUGGUUCAUUAGUGAUACGAAGUAAACGUUAUUCAUUGUGCGAGUUCUAAAAUAUCGUAUCGGUGUUUCGAUAAAUGGAAUAAAUUAUAAACAGGAAAGUAUAAGUUUAGAAUAAUAAAAAAAUCAAAUGUCCACUUCAUCUCCACCAACCAAUAGGAGAAUACAAUAUUUGGCAGGAUUAUGCGUGUCAUUCGCCUUUACUUUCACGGGGGCAGCAUUAUCGUGGUCCUCGCCUGCAAUACCGAAAUUUAAAAAUGGUGACGCUGAUAUAGAUAUAACAGAUGAGCAAAGUUCGUGGGUUGUCUCACUGUUCGCGCCGGGCGCUCUCUGCGGGUGUUAUGUCGGGCAGAUUCUGAACGAGAAAGUGGGUCGGCGCUUCACUGUGCUUUCUGCGGCUGGACCCAGUUUCUUAGGGUCGGUUAUAAUAUUGUUCAGUAGAACACCAUGGGUUAUGUGCAUUUCGAGGUUCGUCACCGGAAUUGGAAUGGGUAUUACAGCUGUGGUGACUAUGGUAUAUCUGACAGAAAUAGCUGACAAAGAUAUCAGGGGUUCCCUAGGGAUGCUGGUACAAGUCAUGAAUAAUAUGGGAAGCCUUGCAGUUUACAGUAUUGGUCCAUUUGUCUCGUAUAAUGGUCUCAACGCUUUGCUGGUUAGCCUAUCUAUAAUCUAUGCAACUAUGUGUCUAUGGAUACCGGAAUCCCCGUAUUAUCAUUUGAAAGAUGGCAGGCCUGCCGCUGCGAAAAAGUCUUUCAUGUUCUUAAAGGGAACAAAGAAUGAAAAGUGGGCUACUGAACAAUUGACAGCUAUGCGAUUACAUGUACAAGAGAGUAUGGAGAACAAAACAACAGUCAAAGAGCUGUUAACUAAUAUGAGAUACCGAAAGACUCUUUACUUAAUAGCAGGACUGAAAGUAUUGCAGUAUAUGACAGGCAUGUGCGCAAUACAGGCAUAUUUGGAAAUUAUAUUCCGGCAGGGUAGCUCUUUGUCUGGACCAUACGCCAGUAUUGUCUAUGGUUUCGUGCAACUUGGUGCAGGUAUCGGCGCAACGUUCAUUAUAGACCACUUCGGGAGAAGACUUCUUAUGCUCAUAUCAAGCACAGGAGUAGCACUCUCACUAACAACAGUAGGAAUAUAUUUCUACCUUCAAGAUGCAUAUCAGCUCAACCCUGAACGUCUGGCAUCCUUAUCAGCCGUGCCACUUGUAGGAGUUUUAUCUUACAUUAUAUUGUACAGUAUUGGCUUAGGGAAUUUACCUUAUUUGUUACAAGCAGAAUUAUUUCCGAUAAACGUCAAAACCGUAGCAUCAAGCAUUGCCACUAUGCUGGCGUGUAUUUUAAACUUUGUAGUGACGAAAUCGUAUCAAGGCAUAAAAGAUGUGUUUGGCCAUUACACGGUAUUUUGGGCGUUUGCAAGUAUUGCCUAUUUUGGUAUAUUUUUUAUAUAUUACUUCGUGCCCGAAACAAAGGGGAAAACGUUAGAAGAGGUGCAAGAUGAAAUUAAUGAUGAAGUGGUGGAAUUGGAGGAAUUAAAUAAAGAGUACAAAUCAGGUAGUUGAUUUUCGUGAUGCCGUGGAGUGGCAAUUAUAAUUUUUACAGUACCUAUUGGUUUACUGACGACUUAUUUCGGUUUGAUAUAUUUUAUUAUGACUGCCUUUUGGCUUGUGUUGUAAAUACUGAAUUAAAUAUGUUUUAUAACAAA